AUGACAGAACAGAUUCCAACGGACGACAAGCCUCCUUCAGUGGCGGUUAUUGGGCUAGGUGCCCUAGGACUGGUUGCCAUGAAGAAUUUACUAGAAGUAGGCUUUGAUGUCGUCGGCUUCGACAAACACCCGUAUGUUGGAGGUUUAUGGAAUUACAAUGAAAACAAGGACGCGAUUUCCGUGCUGCCCAGCACUGUGGCAAAUGGAUCGAAACAUCGGGGGUGUUUUACGGAUUUUCCGUUUCCGGAUGAGACACCGGAUUUCCCGCCAGCGGCAGAGAUGCAUCGCUAUCUUGUGUCGUAUGCUGAGCACUUUGGUAUUCUACCGCGAGCCCGUCUAAGCACGACUGUGCAUCGUGCCGAGUGGAAUCCAGAUACGGCCCUGUGGGAGGUUGAGACGUCCACUGAGACAGAGCCGAAGACAGUUCAGUACUUUGACAAGGUUGUCUACUCGAUGGGACCAGACCAGACGCCUAACAUCCCCUCUGUUCCGGGAUUAGAACUGUUUGGAGGCGAGGCGGUGCAUUCUAUCGAGUUCAAAAGACCGGACGAUUGGGCCGGCAAACGAGUACUUGUUGUCGGCUUUGGAAAUACCGCGGCGGACGUGGCGUGUGAGCUUGCGGGAACGGCAGAGAAGCUCCCCCGAUGGGUGGACAACAAGCCCGUGGACCACAUCCGGACCUAUCGCAAAGGAGUUUUCCUCGAGCAACUGUCUCGCUACGCACCCGGUAUCUGGACCAAGCUCAUGAACAAGGUAAUUCUUGGUCUCCGGGACCGACUCUACGAUCUAAAGCCAGAAUGGGGAUUUGAUCCAGCGCCAUCGGUGAACCAGGCGCGUCCCAUCAUUAGCGAUUACUUGGUCGAUUAUCUGUCCCGUGAACGGAUCACCUCCAAGCCACCCAUCCAACAAGUCCUCGAUUCCCAACGAGUCGAGUUCACUGACGGAACGAUUGCCGACGUGGACGCCAUUAUCUGGUGCACCGGGUACACGGUCGACUACUCGAUCCUAGGGAAGAGCGAUCCCACAAUCUACCGGGGCUCCGAUAUCCGCAGUGCGAACGGACGCAAGAUCCCACGGUUAUAUCAAAAUCUGCUUUCACUCGAGCAUCCGGAUUCGUUGGCUUUUAUGGGUAAUCUGUCAUUUAUGAACCCGGCCUUUCUCAUGUUCGAUCUGGCCACAAUGGCACUAGGACAGGUUUGGUCGGGGCGUUCGCCUCUUCCGCCACGCGAGGAGAUGAUCAAGGCCGUCGACAAGCAGCAUCAGUGGCUCGCUGACUUGGCCACUAAAGGAGCUGUGACGCCGGGUCUCGUCAAGGGGGCGGACUGGCUGGAUUGGGUCGAAGAGACUGCGGGACUGGGCAUGAAGGAGAACCUCGGGUAUGGGAUUCAAGGGUGGUAUUUCUGGCUGUCAAAUCGUCCGCUCUGUAACUUGCUCAUGGAUGGUCUGCUCUUGCCUUUCCAUUACCGGUUGUUUGAGGGGAAACGGAAGCAAUGGGAGGGCGCCGAGGAGGCCAUUUUGAAAGUCAACGAGGACUUGCGAAUCAAGAACAAGACCAAGAAGUGGCAGUAG